CUUACAUCUAAACAGCAUUUCUCAGGUUAAGGUUUGUUUAUAUAAAAACAAUCACCUACAACUUUCCGCAAUGGAAUAAUCCUAUAUAAAAUUGAACAAUGCUGUAAUUAUUGAGAUCCCAGUGAUUAUUACUAUAACAAUGGACGGCGCAGCACCAUCUACGUCGGGUUGUGCGAUGCCCUUGCAUCUGAAACGCCUUGAAAAGGCUCUGGACAUGAAAGUUUUACUCGAUGAGUACUCAAAGUGUUCAUAUUUUGUGGAUUCUGAUGGUUCUGAGAAUGGUUUCGACUCGGAUAUGAAACUAGACGAAGACGAUGACUUUAAAGAUAGUGAUAUGGGUGAAAACCCUUUAAUCAACAUAGAAUGCAAUGAUAUUGAACGUUCGUGGCUAGCAGAUAUACUACAAGAAGAAUGUUUGUUAGAACAUAGUUCACCAGCUGAAGAAUUAAAUUUAUUGAUGAAAUUACACAUCAAACGAAAAAAGAUUGCUGCUCAUGCCAGUGCAGAGUUAUUAGAGCAGAAUAUGUAUUAUGGUACUGGAUUAUUAUCUAAUUUUGAUAAAUAUCCAGAGAAUAAAAAGACUCAAAGAUCUGUGAAGAGAAAAAGAGAGGAGGAGAAUAAGAAACAAGCUGUUGAGGUGCAAAAUGAUGGACAUGGUGAACAUUCAGACUUUGAUUUUGAACAACUUGAUCAAUCAUUGAUAGAUGAAGAUGCAAUUAAAGUGGAACCACAAGCACGACCGCAUAAAGGUGAUUCAAGCAAAAAGAAUCAAAAGAAGAAGUUUAAAGAUGAAGAAUCCAAGAAAAAGUGGGAGGAUAUGAUGUAUAAUCGUCGAAGAAAAUCGUUUUCAAAUAUGGUGAAGAAAGAAGUUGGUAAACAGCAGAGAGCUAAAGUUAAUCGGCAUAAAGAAGCUCUGCUGCAGAAUAAAAAGAUAGCGAUGGCGUGUCAGAAAGUGCAAAGAAAUAAAGCGUUGCAAUCAGCAAGAGUUGUAAAAGAGUUACAAUGGCGUAUGAAACGCCUGGCACGUGAAAACCUAGCGUAUUGGAAGCGAUCGAAGCGCGUAGAUCGCGAAAUUCGUCGUAAACUCGAAAAAGAAGCCGAGGAACAACGUAAAAUCGACUAUGAAUUAGUCGAAGCUAAGCGACAACAACGCAAAUUGAACUUUUUGAUCACACAGACCGAAUUAUACGCGCAUUUCAUGUCGAAAAAGUUAGGAGAUUCUUCUCCGGAGGAACAGUUAAGAAUAUUAAACCAACUGGAUGAAGAAAAAAUACCUAGAUUAGCUGCUAUUGAUGAUUAUAACUGUGAUGUAAUGAAAGCAAGAGCUAUAAGAAAUGCCCAAGAUGCGUUUCAAAGUGAACGUGCACGUACCAAACAGUUUGAUCUGCAGGAUAAUGAAGAAAGAAGAACUUUGGAUGCGGAUGAUGGCGAGUUUGGCCAGCCGUCGAUAUUUAAAGGCACAUUGAAAGCUUAUCAGUUGCGCGGGAUGAACUGGUUGGCGAAUUUGUACGAUCAGGGAAUAAGUGGUAUUCUUGCUGAUGAGAUGGGCUUGGGGAAAACUGUGCAGAGUAUUGCAUUUUUAAGUCAUUUGGCUGAAGUUCAAGAUCUCUGGGGACCGUUUUUAGUCAUUUGUCCUGCAUCUACGCUGCAUAACUGGCAGCAGGAGUUUGCGAAAUUUGUGUCUGAGUUUAAAGUUGUUCCUUAUUGGGGAAAUCCUACAGAUAGAAAAAUUUUGCGGCAGUUUUGGAAUCAAGACUCUCUGCACACGAAAGAAUCAGGUUUUCAUGUGGUGAUUACAAGUUAUCAGAUAGUCAUCUCUGACGUGAAAUAUUUCAACCGAAUUAAAUGGCAAUACAUGGUAUUGGAUGAAGCGCAAGCUAUAAAAAGCACCAGCAGUAUGCGUUGGAAGACUUUACUAGGCUUCAACUGCCGUAAUCGCCUGUUAUUAUCAGGCACACCUAUCCAAAACAGUAUGGCGGAGCUCUGGGCCCUUCUACAUUUCAUCAUGCCAACAUUAUUCGACUCACACGAAGAAUUCAACGAAUGGUUCUCGAAAGAUAUCGAAAGUCACGCGGAAAACAAAACCGGAAUCGAUGAAAAACAUUUAUCAAGACUCCACAUGAUUCUCAAACCAUUCAUGUUACGAAGAAUCAAAAAAGACGUCGAAAAUGAACUCUCUGACAAGAUAGAAAUCAUGGUCUACUGCCCACUGACAACCCGACAGAAGUUAUUAUACAUGGCGUUGAAGCAAAAGAUUCACAUUGAGGACCUGUUGCAUUACACAGUCGGCGGAGGCGAUUCACACUCAGUAGAUAAAAAUUUCACAUCGAAUCUGAUGAAUUUAGUCAUGCAAUUCCGAAAAGUCUGCAAUCAUCCCGAACUUUUCGAGAGGAGAGACGCAAAGUCACCGAUUUACUUACAACCACAAAGUUAUACCAUUCCAUUCAUGGUUUAUGACAUCAAUAUACCCAAAACAAUGCAUUUUAAACUCAAGGAAAAGUUUUUGUUUACUAAAGAGUACAUACAUGAAAAUAUCACAAAUUCAAUGAGUUUAUUCAGAUUCGCGCUUAGUUUAAAACUAUCUAGUCAGGAAUUGUAUGAAAUCUUUAUGGGAAAUGUCUUGGAAAGGUGGAAAUGUGGUUUUGACUUUGAAAAACGUACGAAUCGUGACUACAUCCGCUAUAACACAUCCGAAACCAAAACGGAUUUCAGUUUAUUAGUGAAUUACGCACUGAAAUUGCAAAUGGCGGAAGUUGCCGGCAGUUUAAUCCUACAAAACCUGCUUUUCACCUGGGGUAAUGCCGCAUCUAAAGUAAUCUACGCCCAUUUGGAGCAUUCCUAUCACUCGAUGCCGGAAACAGUUGAACAUCGUAAUAUACGCAUUAAGAAUAAAAAUUCUAACCUACAAAACACUAACACGGAGAUUAAACUUGAAGAAAUUCCGUAUAUUGAACGAGUUUCGCAGAUAUUCGAAUGUGAACCGACAUCAUUUCCGCAAUUUUUAUUCUGUGCGACUCCUAAAGUAACAACGCAACAUCCUGCGCUUUAUUGUUACUCACGCCGAGCUGCUUAUGAUUAUAAGAGACAUGUUGAUGAUUGGUCAUGGAACGCACUUAAUUAUUACUGGCAGAAAUCAAGCGGUGAAGAGUUAACUAAGAAGAAAACGUUGAAAUUAUCUCUACCGCCGGGACCAGUUGAUAUUUUACGACCAAGAGCUGGAUGGUCGAACAUAACCAUACCUGAUAAAGAAACUUUGGUCACUGAUUCAGGGAAAUUGUUCGUUUUGGAUGGUUUAUUGAAGAAUUUGAAAGAAAACGGGCAUAGAGUGUUGAUUUAUUCACAGAUGACGAAAAUGAUUGAUUUAUUAGAGGAAUAUAUGUGGCAUAGGCAUCAUAAAUACAUGCGCCUUGAUGGAUCAUCGAAAAUAUCGGAACGGAGAGAUAUGGUUGCUGAUUUUCAAGCGCGCGCGGACAUUUUUGUCUUUUUGCUGUCGACGCGAGCGGGCGGAUUGGGAAUUAAUCUGACUGCGGCUGACACUGUGAUAUUUUACGACAGCGACUGGAAUCCUACCGUGGAUCAACAAGCGAUGGACAGGGCACAUCGUCUUGGUCAAACGAAACAAGUCACUGUGUAUCGACUCAUAUGCAAAGGAUCUAUUGAAGAAAGAAUUCUACAACGCGCGCGGGAAAAGUCAGAAAUUCAAAAUUUGGUUAUUAGUGGCGGUAGUUUUAAACCAGAAACAUUGAAGCCUAAAGAAGUGGUGUCUUUGUUGUUGGAUGAUGAAGAAAUCGAAAUGAAAUAUCGUCAAAAGGCCGAGGAGAGAAAGGCGAUUGAAGAUAUGCGCGAGCUCGAUCGGAAGCGAAAAUACGCCAACGCCCAAAAGGCUGCCGCUUCGAGCGCUGCUCUACAACUCGCGAGUGCCAAUGCAGAAGCUGCCAAACCGAUGAAAAUUAAAAUCGAGGAAGGCGUGGACGAUCAACUGCUUAGCGUGGAUUCUGUGAUGAGUUCACCGCACAGUGAAACUUCAGCGGAUGUUAACAACUCGGAUGAUUUCACGGAUAAUAGUUUACUUGAUGUUGAUACAUGGGAAACACCCACAAAAAUCUUUGGAUCUUAUUCACCAAGUAUGAAAAUGCGUAACAUCCCACGUGGAUCAACCAAACGUGGACGUCCGAGAGGCUCAAGAAGAAUACCACCUUUAGAGACAGGUAGCACAACACCGGAACCAACAACCUCGAGUACCACUCCACCUUCGAUAGGUGUAGGUUCAGGUUUAGGCUAUGAACCGCCCACGGCGUGGCAGACGAUGCCGAGCUUACCCUCGGCCGGAAGCUGCUCCUCGAUGCGCCGCGGUCCAGGCCGCCCGCGGCUCAAACCAGGCGGGCCGCCUGCCAACGUGGGCGCCAGGGGGUUGUACAAGCCGCGCAAGCCGGCGAAACCCUUACCGGUGCCACUUCCAGGCGAUGCCAACACGUCUACUUCGUAUUCUUUCUUUAAUAUCACGCCAAAAGAGCAGGAAUGAUGUGUGUUUGAUUUGUAAUCAUGGAUGUAGUAAUAUUAUUCGAUUUGUCUCUGUGUUUUUCAUUAAAAUAUCAAAAAUU